GCACAUCCCGGAAAAGCAGAGACGCGCGCACACGGCGGGGCGUGUACGGCCUUCGUUCGCCAUUCCUGAGGGUGGGAGCUGUGAGAGCGGGGUAUCGAACCGACGCCGGGUGCCCACUCUUGAACCAUGGCUGAGCACGAACCCACCUCAGAGCAGCUUGCACAGAUUGCAGCCGAAAACGAAGAGGACGAACAUUCUGUCAACUACAAGCCUCCAGCUCAGAAGACCAUUGAAGAGCUUCAGGCCCUGGACCAAGAUGACGAGAGUCUGAGGAAGUACAAAGAGGCUCUUCUGGGCCCUGUUCCCACCACAGUGGAUCCCGCUGCUCCAAACGUGGUUGUGACCAAACUGACCUUGGUAUGUGCAGAAGCUCCAGGACCACUUGAGCUGAACCUGACAGGGGAUCUGGAGAAGUUCAAGAAAGAAUCAUUCGCCCUAAAAGAAGGAGUCGAGUACAGAAUCAAAAUCAGUUUUAAGGUGAACAAGGAGAUUGUUUCCGGGCUGAGGUAUCAGCAGCAGACAUCCAGGAAAGGUGUAAAGUUGGACAAGACCACCUACAUGGUCGGAAGUUACGGACCUCGCAUUGAGGAAUACGAGUUCCUCACCCCGAUCGAAGAAGCCCCAAAAGGCAUGUUAGCCAGAGGCUGUUACAACAUGAAGUCGAUUUUCACCGACGACGACAAAACCAACCACCUCUCCUGGGAGUGGAACCUGACCAUCAGCAAGGAGUGGAAGAACUAGGCCUGCCCAGGGACGCCCUCCAAAGGCUCAACACCCCUAGUUCCUCCAACUCUCUGAGAAGUGCUGCCGGAUUGUGUUCCAACUCUGUACCACGUGGUGUCUCUUUCACCCCCCACACACACAGCUCCGUCCCAUAUAGUCCCUCUCCCCUCCC